AUGGACGCUUCGCUUAGUGAGGAUGCCUCCCAGGUGCGCAUUCCGGUCACUGUCCUCACUGGCGUGCUUGGAGCUGGCAAGACUACCCUGCUAAGGUACAUCUUAGAAAAGCCACACGGAUACAGAGUAGCCGUGAUCCAGAAUGAGUUCUCAGAAGAGAUGGGAAUGGAGGCUCCUUUGUUCACUGAUGCAAACGGCGACACCAUCAAGGACGUGUACGAGCUUCCAAAUGGAUGCCUUUGCUGUUCUGCCAAGGAUGGUUUGAUUGGCAUGUUGGACGUUUUGCUUGAACACAAGAACCGCUUCGACUACGUGUUGGUCGAGGCCACUGGGAUAGCCGAUCCUGAAGCCGUAUGUGAGGUAUUCUGGGUCGACGAGGGACUCGGAAGUCGGGUCUACCUCGAUGGCGUCCUUUCGCUGGUAGAUGCAUACAACAUGUCGUCCUAUUUGGGCAAGAGGAAGGCAAGCCAUGGCUAUCCUGAAGAGGGCGCCAAGAGCACAAGUCUUGGGCUCGAGGCAGAAGCAAUCAAGCAGGUGGCUUGCGCUGACGUACUCAUUCUGAACAAAGUUGAUCUUGUGGCAGAGGCAGAUCGAGCACGAGCCGCUGCCAUGUUGCGAGAGAUAAAUCCAACAGCAAGGCUGUUGGAAAGCCGCUUUGCAGAAGUGCCUUUGGGAGAAAUUCUUGGCUUACAAGCUUUCGACAAAGACAGACUAGCGGCAUCGGUGCUUGGGCUUCCGGUUUUGGAGGAGCGCGAAGAGGGUGGCCAUGGGCAUGCACAUUCUCACAGUGACGGUCAUUGCAACGACUGUGAGGCUGGAAAGCUUCUUGGUGCUCAUGGAAUCGAGAGUGUUCUUCUGCAAGGAGAGGCUGGUGCACUCUACGAUCCCAACAAGGUUCGCUCCUGGCUUGCUGAAGUCCUAUGGGAGGGAACUGCUGGAUUCGUGUACCGCUGCAAGGGCCUUUUCAGGGGACCUCCAGAAGAUGAAGAGGAUCCACCAGAGCAGACAACCAUCGUAUCGCACGCGCUGCAAGGAGUUGGCAAGAUCUUUGAAAUUGAACAGGCCGGCAAAGCCACGGUCGAGAGGAGCAAAAUGCUCUUCAUUGGCCGGGGCUUACAGCGAGAUGUUCUUGCUGCUGGCCUCAAGGCUUGUCUUGCCUCUGACUGA